AUGUGCCUUCCUUGCAGGAAAGCUCAUUAUGAAUGCUAUCCUGAGACUGGCUGCACAAAAGUCACUCAACAAACGUCAAAAGAAGGGUGUCGAAUCGGAGAAGAAGGGCCAGGCCUUGCAAGCUUAAGAGAAGCUAUCAUCAAGGCCAAGAAAGAGGUAGCUGGUCGGCGUGAGGAGUUGCGCCAUGCUUUGGAGGCCACAGGCCAUCAUCUUGACACCGCCAACAACCAUCAACAAGCACUUUACAUCCAAACCGGUGCACCACGGCUUCAGGAUGUUGUUCGACAGACCAUCAACAGCGUUGAUCGUGAGCAAAUCAAACGUGAGCGAUACAACAAGCUCCGGGACCUUCUGAUAGCUCAAAACAUCCCAGAGUCAGCGAUGAUCUUCAAUCCUGCCAAGGAUUGGGUGAACACUGGCCGUGGCAAGUUGAAGAAAGUUGUCAAGGAAAUAGCACAAUUUCAACGUGCACAUGAAAUUGUUAUGAACCGCCGUCGCCAGCAUUAA